AUGUCUCAGGCAUUGUUUUUCGUGCUGUUGUUUGUCAUUUCAGUGAUUUGGUUUACCUUCACAAAUAGAAAUAGAAAAAGAAAACAUGCUUCUCUCCCACCCGGGAACAUGGGAUUGCCAUUCAUUGGUGAAACUCUGCCAUUUCUUCGGUCUUUAGUAAGCAACCAGCCUUGGGAGUUCUUCAGAGUUAGAGAAGCCAAGUAUGGAAAGGUGUACAAAACCCGGUUGUUUGGGAUGCCUGUUGUUGUUGUUUCCCCACCUGUCGGCACCAGGUUCAUGUUCGCUGACACCAACCAUACACUUAUCACCAAGUCAUGGCCUGUGCCGGUUAUAAAAUUGUUUCCCGAGAGUGCUUUUGUUCGCCCAGACGCAAGCGGCUCUCGCCAACUGAUAACUUCAUUCCUGGGUCCAGAAUGCAUGAAAAGGUAUGUAACUAGCACCAGCGUCAUUGUUCAGAAACACCUGGACUCCUGGCCUACUGGAGAGCUUGUCCGUGUAUAUCCACUGAUCAAGAGAUGCUUGUUCUCCAUCGUAUGCAACAUGUACCUCGGCUUAACAGACGAGAAAGAGGUAAUGGAACUCAUGGAACCGUUUGAGAAGGUGAUCCAUGGGAUAAUCAGUAUACCAGUCAAUCUUCCUGGAACAGCCUUCCACAGAGCAAAGUUGGGACAAAAGGAAAUAUGCAACAUACUUGAAAAACACAUAGCUAAGAGAAGAAUAAACUCACAGCUUUCACCAGCUCGUGAUCAAGAUCUCUUAUCAAUGCUGCUGUCCACCAGAUCGAAGGAGGGAACUGCAAUGACAGACAAUGAAAUCACGCACAACAUUUUGGGAUUGCUAGUCUCCGGGCACGAACUUAGUGCAAGCUCAAUAUCAAUGACUAUCAAGAGCCUUGUGGAGAACCAGACAGUCUACAAAGAAAUGAAAAGAGUUCAUUGCGAAAUAGGAUCGUUCAAACGUCCACGAGAACCACUGGAACCACUAGACUUGAAGCAAAUGAAGUACUCGUGGAGAGUCGUCCAAGAAAGUCUAAGGCUGAGACCCACUGCACCAGCUGUUGCCAGGAAAACACUUACUGACGUCGAACUCGAAGGAUACACCAUUCCCAAAGGAUGGCAGAUGUUUUCGGCAGUAUACAACAGUCAUACAACGCCAGAGUUCUUUCCGGAUCCUCUAAAGUUUGAUCCUUCAAGAUUUGAACGUGCUGGGCCCAAUCCAUAUACAUACUUUCCCUUUGGUGGAGGCCCUCGCAUUUGUGGGGGCAUUGAACAGGUGAAAAUGCACAGCUUGGUGAUUCUUCAUCAUAUUACCACUCGCUUCGACUGGACCCUUAUGGAACCUGAUGAACCAAUCAAAAUAUCUCCGGUUGCUGUCCCAGCUCAUGGUCUCCCUUUAGAAUUACGUCUAGUUUAGAAGCUGGACCAUAUCGGCCAAGUCCCAUAUACGUUAAUAAACUCGGUCCUUGGACUGCUGGUGGAGACUGGACAAAAUCUUUGUGUGGAACUAUAUAUGUAUUUCUGUGGUAUGAGCUUGUAUCUUAAUAAGAUUCAAUAAGAUGUUACUUGCGAUAA